AUGACCGAUGCACCGGUUGUCAAACUGCUUACGCAGUUGAUGGGAAUUCCAUCUGUCAGCGAGCAAGAGAACAAGAUUGGCGUUUGGACAGCGAAGUAUCUGGAAGCUCUCGGAUACAGUGUAGAGAUGAUACCUAUAUCGGAGGGUUCGGACCGACUCAACGUCUAUGCUUACCUCGGAGAGAAACGAGAGUCGCGCGUUAUGCUCACCUCUCAUAUGGACACGGUCCCACCCCACAUACCCAUGUGCAUCAAGGACGGCAUCAUCUACGGCCGAGGAGCAUGCGAUGACAAGGGACCAAUGGCCGCACAGAUUGCAGCUCUCGAGGAGCUCCGUGCUGAGAAGGCCAUAAAGGACGGCGACGUCUCUCUUCUGUUUGUCGUCGGAGAGGAGAAGGGAGGGCCAGGAAUGCUUGCAGCCAACAAUAUGAAUCUGGCGUGGGAGGCCAUCAUCUUCGGCGAACCGACGGAGGGGAAGCUGGCUACCGGUCAUAAAGGCCACUACGUCUUCGAGCUUUUCGCGAGAGGCGUGGCGUGCCACUCUGGAUAUCCAGGGAAGGGGAAGUCUGCGACCGGGAUUCUCGUAUCGCUGCUCGCAGAGCUCCAGACCCUUCAGCUGCCCACGUCCGAACUCCUGGGCCCUACAACGUUCCACUGCGGAAAGAUCAGUGGCGGUGUGGCCUACAAUGUCAUGGCAGCGGACGCAUACGCCCAGUGCGGGAUCCGGGUAGCUACCGAUAUGGCGGGUAUCAAGAAGACGGUUGCCGAAGUGGUCGGCAAGUAUCCCGACGUGGAGCUCAGGGAUUCGUUCGCGUACCCUGAAGUGCUUCUAGACUCUGAAUUCGAAGCCGUCUCGUAUGGGACUGAUGUGCCGCGCCUCAGGGGAGAUCACAAGAAGUUCCUAUAUGGGCCGGGAUCCAUUCUACAUGCUCAUGGUGAGAAUGAGCAAGUCAAAGUGGCUGAUCUGCUAGAGUCUGUCAACAUCAUCCGAUCAUAUCUUUUAUCUGUCACGAUGCCCGACGUACUAGCCCAUCUUCAAGACCUGCCCAGGGAUGAGGCCUUUGCUAUCACCGAGGACUUCAAAGCCGAUGAGGAUCCGUCAAAGGUCAGCUUAGGAGCCGGAGUCUACCGUGAUGAGACAUCCAGUCCAUGGAUACUACCCAGCGUCAAGGCAGCCAAAGAGAUUCUGCACAGAACGGCUGAUUUGUAUCAUGAAUAUCUCCCCAUCUACGGCUCAGAGCCCUUCUUGAACUCAGCCAGAGAUCUUAUUCUGGGACCUUACGAUGUCGCGAAAAGCAAUGUGGUUUCGAUGCAGACGAUAUCCGGCACAGGGGCCAACCACCUCGGAGCCGCAUUCCUCUCGCAGAACCUUAAGCCUCGCCGUGUCUUCAUCUCGGAUCCAUCCUGGAGUAAUCACCAUCUCGUCUGGGAAGUCGGAGGCCCGGAUGUCGAAAGAAGGACAUAUCCGUACUACGACGCCCGCACGCGCUCGCUGGACUUUGAGGGUAUGAUGUCCUGCCUGGACGGCGAGGCAGACGAGGACGACGUCGUCGUGCUGCAUGCGUGUGCCCACAACCCGACGGGCAUCGACCCAACGCAGUCUCAGUGGCGUCAACUCGCCGAGCUGUUCAGGCGCAAGCGUCUGUGCGCAUUCUUCGACUCGGCAUACCAAGGCUUUGCCUCGGGCGACGUCGACGCAGAUGCAUGGCCCGUGAGGCACUUUCACCAAGACCUCUUUGACGGCUCUGCAACCGAGAGCCCGCAGGCGAUGUGCAUCGCGCAAUCCUUCUCAAAGAACUUUGGCCUGUAUGGAGAGCGCGUGGGGGCAUUCCAUCUGGUCCUCCCACGAUCAACGCCGCCAGCAGGACCCAAAAGCCGCCUUGUUCGUCUCAUUAGAGCCGAGAUAUCGAAUGCGCCCCUGUUUGGCUCCAGAAUUGUCCACACCAUUCUGUCCGACUCGGGUCUUCGGCACAUGUGGUUGGGGGACCUACGAACCAUGUCGACUCGCAUCAACGAGGCGCGGAGAUUGCUGAGGCAGGGGAUCGCCAAGAGACCGGGUACGGGAGAUUGGAGCCACCUCACAUCACAAAUCGGCAUGUUCAGCUAUACGGGUCUGACUGCGGAGCAGGUGAUACGCCUAAGACGGGAGCAUCACGUCUAUCUCAUGCUCAACGGGCGUGCAAGUCUGAGUGGUGUAAACAAGAAGAAUGUCGACUAUGUAGCAGAGGCCAUCAGCAGCGUCAUUACUUCUCAAUAG